AUGUUUCGAAAGGAAAAAGUUUAAGACUGCGUUGGAUAUCUUUCAGAUAAUGGGAAUCAAAGGCAAUUUGAAUCAUAAACCUUACAACAAGGAGAGAAUUUAAAAUAACGGGAUAAGGAAUAUAAAUUGUCUGAUGUUAGAAAUGGAAUCAAGUUAAUUAUAGAUGUUAUCAAAAAUUUAAAAGAUCAUUGCUUCAAUUACAAAGACUUUUCCUCUGAAGAAAAUGAAGAAUCUACAUUAAGUAUAAUUAACAGCAUUAAGGAUAAUAGAGGGAUCAUUGGAUUUCUGUUAUUUUUAGUUCACCUCACAUCAAUUGAUGAAACUUUGAUAUAAUGUGGAUCUAAUUCAUUAUUUAUAUUAGUUUAGAUGAAGGUAGACCUUAGAAAUAAAAACUUUGAAAAUAUUAAGAUCUAAAACACAUCUUUGGUUGGUGCUAAUUUUGUUAGGUGUAAUUUAAGUGGAUCUUAAUUCAAUAAUGUCAACAUAAGUGGAAUAAAUCUAAAUAGAGCACUAUUAUUAAAUUGUAAAUGGAGAGACUUAAGAAUCCCUGAAUUAAAUUAAUUACAUGGUCAUACUAGAUCUGUUUAAUCAGUCUGUUUUUCUCCUGAUGGAAAUACAUUAGCGUCUGGUAGUAAAGAUAAAUCUAUCCGCCUUUGGGAUGUCAAAACAGGAAAAUAAAAAGCCAAAUUAGAUUGUGAUUCAUAUGCUGUUAGAUCAGUCUGUUUUUCUCCUGAUGGAAAUACAUUAGCAACUGGUAGUGAAGAUAAGUCUAUCCGCCUAUAGGAUGUUAAAUGUAAGAAAUAAAAAGCCAAAUUAUAUGGUCAUACUAAUAGGGUUAACUCAGUCUGUUUCUCUCCUGAUGGAAAUACAUUAGCAUCAGGUAGUGAAGAUAAGUCUAUCCGCCUUUGGGAUGUCAUAACAGGAUAUUAAAAAGACAAAUUAGAUGGCCAUACUUAUUCGGUCUACUCAGUUUGUUUCUCUCCUGAUGGAAAUACCUUAGCUUCUGGUAGUUAUAAGUCUACCUGUCUUUGGGAUGUCAAUAGAGGAUAAUUAAAAGCCAAAAUGGAUGGUCAUAGUGAUAAUGUCUACUCAGUCUGUUUUUCUCCUGAUGGAAAUACAUUAGCAUCUGGUAGUGAAGAUAACUCUAUUCGCCUUUGGGAUGUCAAAACAGGAUAAUAAAAAGAAAAAUUAGAUGGUCAUGUCUACUCAGUUUGUUUCUCUCCUGAUGGAAAUACAUUGGCUUCUGGUAUUAGUGAUAACUCUAUUUGUCUAUGGGAUGUCAAAACAGGAUAAUAAAAAGCCAAAAUGAAUGGUCAUACUAGCACUGUCUACUCAGUCUGUUUCUCUCCUAAUGGAUAUACAAUAGCUUCUGGCAGUUAAGAUAAGUCUAUCCGUCUUUGGGAUGUUAAAACAGGAUAAUAAAAAGCCAAAUUGGAUGGUCAUACUUGUACUGUUCACUCAGUCUGUUUCUCUCCUGAUGGAAAUACAUUAGCAUCUGGUAGUAAUGAUUAGUCUAUCCGUUUUUGGGGUGUCUAAACAGGAUAAUAAAAAGCCAAAUUGGAUGGUCAUGAGCAUAAUGUUAUGUCAGUUUGUUUCUCGCCUGAUGGAAAUACAUUAGCAUCUGGUAGUAAUGAUUAGUCUAUCCGUCUUUGGGAUGUUAAAACAGGAUAAUAAAAAGCCAAAUUGGAUGGUCAUACUUGUACUGUUCACUCAGUCUGUUUCUCUCCUGAUGGAAAUACAUUAGC